AUGCCAUUCACAAAGUUCGCCGAGCUCCCCGCCGAGCUCCGCCUCAAAGUCUGGAACGAAGCAGCAGCCGGACCCUCAAUACACAUCUUUGAUGUCUGUUUCCCGUCAUGGCGGGGCACUGAUCGAAGCAGACGGGUCUUCCAGUCGACAGACGGCAAUAUUUCAGAAGACAACCAUGCCAGAUGGACAAAGUAUAGAGAGUGCGUCUUCCUGGAUGCCCUCGAAACCGGGCCGGCAGAACUUGCGCGGCAGACGAGGAUAGCGAGACAUAUGCACAAUCCAUCCGUCUACAAACAACGACAGACGAUGCGGCUAGUCUGCUCUGAAGCCUCGGCAGCGGUAGAGAGGCGGUUGAAGGGACGGAGCAUGAACUCAGUCUAUCUACCCGGCCGAAACCAGAGAAUACAGUACGACAAUGAAGAGGACGUGCUGCUCUUGCGGUUCGGAGACGGCGGUGCUCUCACAGAUUUCAGCCACGGGGUUCUGUUUGGCGAGUUUGAGGCGUCGGGGGUGAAUAACCUGACUGAGGUGCUCGAAGGGCCGUGGAGCGCCGAGAUGGCGGAGACGUUGCGUGAUGCGCGACUCAUCGCACUGGAUAUUGCGGAGACGUGGACGCCGGCGACGGUUGGAGCGGUGAUGUUUGAAGAGGUGGCAUAUUUGGCGUGUUGCAUUCAACGAAAAUUGCGAGUACUGUACUUGGUUGACCAUUGCCACGGCCGAUGUACCCGGUGCAAGAAGCAGGAUAUCACGAGAUCUCAGCUCCAGACUCGUGACGCGGCUAGAUUGCGGCCAGCGGAUGUGAUCCAUGGCGUGGGCAAGACAUAUCGGGAGGUCUUUGACUUGGAGGGCAUGGGUUGGUCGGACGAGCACCCGAUCUACGUGUUUGCGAGGGUGAUGGACGAGAUGAUUAGGAACCAGCAGGCAGACGCGGAUACGCAGGAUUUCGAGGGGAUCAGGGUGUUGCUGGUGCAAGACGAUGAGUUGGAGGGCGUGGACAACACCACGAUGAUGGAUUGUUUUCCGGACGGCCGUCCGGAGGUCGCCAAUGAGGUUAUGAACAUGAGCCUGCGGUGGUCGGGCUAG